AUGGCUACCAUUACCACACAAACCAUAAUCGAAUCCGACACAAUCCGCUUCAAAAAUGCCCAGAUCACAGUCGAAGAUGUCGUCCCAAGCCUAGCAGAGCCUGACAUCCCACUCCCUCCCCCGUCAAAAAGCCCCGUCGAGAUCCUAGACAUCGACAAAGGCACACCAGACAACCAUGUGCCGCGGGAUCCGCGAUUGAUCCGGUUGACGGGCGUUCAUCCAUUCAACGUAGAACCACCAUUGACAACGUUGUAUAACGAAGGCUUUCUCACAUCCCCGGAGUUAUUCUAUGUGAGGAAUCAUGGACCAGUACCUCAAGUCCGUGAUGCGGAUAUCCCGGAUUGGGAGCUCAGUAUAGAAGGGCUGGUCGAAAAGCCAUUAGUCCUCAAUUUCCGCGAAGUGCUUCAGAAGUAUGAACAGAUCACCGCUCCAAUCACGCUCGUCUGUGCUGGCAAUAGACGGAAAGAGCAGAACACAGUGCGAAAGUCGAAGGGCUUCUCGUGGGGUGCGGCUGGGCUAUCAACGGCCCUAUUCACAGGGCCUUUGAUGGCGGAUAUUCUGCGCAGUGCGAAGCCACUUCGACGAGCGAAAUAUGUCUGCAUGGAGGGUGCCGAUAGGCUGCCAAAUGGCUUUUACGGAACCUCAGUCAAAUUGAACUGGGCCAUGGACCCGAAUCGGGGAAUCAUGUUGGCUCAUAAAAUGAAUGGCGAGGACCUUCGACCGGAUCAUGGCCGUCCGUUGCGGGCAGUGGUGCCUGGCCAAAUUGGAGGUCGGAGUGUGAAGUGGCUGAAAAGGCUGAUCCUGACUGAUGCUCCAAGUGAUAACUGGUAUCACAUCAAUGAUAACCGGGUGCUUCCAACGAUGGUGUCGCCGGAAAUGUCCGCCCAAGACCGCAAGUGGUGGACUGAUGAGCGAUAUGCCAUUUAUGAACUGAGUGUCAACGCGGUGGCUGUUUAUCCACAGCACGAGGAAGAAAUUGAUUUAUCCACCGCUGGGCCUACGUAUACAGCCAAAGGGUAUGCAUAUGCUGGCGGUGAGGCAAAUGUAUUCACAUCCCUGAUCCGAGAUUCAAACAUGGCUAAUCUGGUCGAACUCCCAGCAUGGCGUCUUUCCGAGAUUGAAUAUGCAGAAGACAAAUACCGAGACUUUGAAGGUGACCUGUUCGGUGGCAAGGUAGACAUGUGCUGGAGGGAAGCAUCUUUCUGUUGGUCUUUUUGGUCACUGGGGAUCCCAGUGGCAGACCUGGAAUCCAGCGAUGCAAUACUCGUUCGCGCAGUGGAUGAGGCGUUAAGCACCAUGCCGCGUGAUAUGUACUGGUCUGUCUUGGGCAUGAUGAACAACUCCUGGUUCCGAGUUACAAUCACGAAAGAAGGAAACACGUUGAAGUUUGAGCAUCCCACACAUCCAGCCAAACCCGGAGGAUGGAUGGAAAAAGUCAAGAAGACUGGUGGCGACUUGCUCAAUGGCAACUGGGGUGAUAGGGUUGAAGGCGAUGAACCCAUUGAGCCAGAGCCCAUGAAGGAAAUCAACAUGAGGAAAGAGGGCAUGAACCGAAAAAUCAACCUACAAGAGCUCAAAGCAAAUAGUACCAGCGAGAAGCCGUGGUUUGUGGUGAAUGGCGAAGUAUACGAUGGGACACGAUUCCUCGAAGGCCAUCCCGGAGGAGCGAUUAGUAUUACAUCUUCUGCCGGGUUGGAUGUAUCAGAAGACUUCCUUGCAAUCCACAGUGAAACUGCCAAGGCAAUGAUGCCGGAUUACCAUAUUGGUACAUUGGACAAAGCAUCUAUUGAGGCUCUGAAGAACAAUUCAGCUGCAGAUUCCGACGAGCCACGCGAGGUGUUCCUUCAGUCGCGAACAUGGACAAAAGCCACACUGACAGAGAAGAAGAAUGUAUCGUGGGAUACACGAAUAUUCGUCUUCGACCUGGAACACGAGAAACAGACACUUGGUCUACCAAUCGGUCAGCAUCUGAUGAUCAAGGUCCAGGAUGCAUCCAACAACGAAGCCAUCAUCAGAUCAUAUACGCCAAUGUCAGACAGCAGCCUGAUAGGCAAGAUGGAAUUACUCGUGAAGGUCUACUUCCCAACGGCGACCAUCCCAGGAGGGAAAAUGACAAUGGCCCUAGACAAGCUGCCCCUAGGCUCACAGAUCGACUGCAAGGGCCCGACUGGUCGGUUUGAAUAUCUCGGCAAUGGCCGGGUUUUGAUCAGCGGCAAGGAGCGCCAGGUAUGCUCUUUCAAGAUGAUCUGUGGAGGAACGGGCAUCACUCCCGUCUUCCAGGUUCUGCAGGCUGUUAUGCAAGACACGCAAGAUCCCACGACGUGUAUUGUGCUAGAUGGAAAUAGACAGGAGGAAGAUGUUUUGUGUCGCUCUGCCCUCGAAGCAUAUGUGGAGAUCGACAGUCGGAAAUGCACUGUUGUGCAUACAUUAACUAAAGGGUCUGAUACCUGGACUGGUCGACGGGGUCGCAUUUCUGAGGAAUUGCUCGCGGAGUACGCGGCCCCAGAAGAGCAGAGUAUGGUUCUGGUCUGUGGACCUGCGCCUAUGGAGAAAUGUGCUCGCAAUAUUCUUCUUGCCCAAGGUUGGGCUGCGUCGGAUCUUCACUUCUUCUAG